UAGUAACAAUCGUUUUUGCGUUUUGUGUCGUUGGAAUGGAAGGAAUUUCGGCCCGUGAUGAGUUAAUUUACGGCACGUGAGCACUCAUAAAUGGCUCAUACUCUUCCACAUCAGCAAAUCGAUACAAAUUGCGGUUUCUCAGCAGGUGCAGUCCCCUAGCUCAUAUGAGAUUUCAAACUCCCCGUCUUGACCUGAAAGAGUAGAUGGAGCGAGAAAUAUGAAUCGAAAAUGAGGUUGCUAAUUAUGGAAUCAACUGAUAAAUGCGCUAAGUUUCAGCGCAUGGCAUCUACAUUUUUCUGGGGGCAAGGGGUGUCUUAAAUGAAGAGUUUUGAUGAAAAUAAAAUAUAUCCGUCCUCGUGCUAUUCUCGAAUACUGGCCGUCCAAUUCCGGUGUGCAUGGCAUGCGCCAGAGUAUUUUAGAAAGCGCCAAAGCACAAGAACAAGAUCUAUGUCUAUCACUUCUUCACUCAUGAUAAACUUCUGAUCUCCAAAACCGAUCCUGAAUUAACGAUCAGUCUCAACACUCGUGUUGAACAUCCUCGAGUGAUGGACAAGCGUAAAACGCGUGUCAGAAGUGGAAAUAUGUGGCGCAUUGUCGUGGAUUGGCUCGAGCAUGUCUUCGUGCAUGUCGAUCACUCUGGGGCUCUAGGAUCAGCCGGAGAUCACCGCGCAGUGCGAGGCUCAUGGCGGCACGUGGACUAGCUGCCAUGACCGAUUGCUUGUUGUUCUCCUGGUUAUAUAAGAAGCAGCUGUCAAAGGUUCCAGUCAAAGUGAGUUCGAUUCCGAAAUUCUUACCCCGACUCGGAGAGCUGAGACGCUAUAGCAUUCUCACCCCCACGCAAAGUCCGCCGACUACAUCCGCAUCUUCGCAGACCAAUCGCCCCUGUCGCUCUCGCUCUCGCGCAAUGGCAUCAUUGACUGCUGCGAACGCCUCGGCAAUGCUGGUCGCCGGCAUGUGCUCUUUGCCAAAAGUUGCAUCUCCCGUUGCAUCUACGAGGUUCGUGAACAUGGCGUCAGCGGCUCACCUCCGUGGCCCGCGUCUGCAAAUCCUCACCGCUGCUCGAUCUUCAUCCGUCCGCCCAUCGCUCUUCGUCAUCAGAGCGGAGGAUUCUGGUGCGGACGUAGCCGACAAAAGCACACGAAGCUCACCGGAUGUGGGCAACGACGCGCAAAGCUUCUUCUCGACUGCCGCGAAGGAUUUGAAAGGGAACGUCCAGAACGCCGCUGAGACCGUGAAGGACAAGGCGGGAGAGCUAGCAGACCAGGCCAAGAGCGUCGGGGACGAUUUCGGAGUCAAGGCCAACGAGGCCACGAAUCUAGCGGCUGGAGCAGUCGAGGAGACGAAGGACAGGUUCCAGCAACAAGCGAGCAACCUCGGCACUGAAGCGCGAAACGCAGGAAAGGAUGUGCAGGCGGGCGCCGAUAAUGCUGCCUCGUCCGCUCAGUCCGGCCUCGAGGACGCCACCGACAACGUCGAGGGAUCUGCCCGGGACGCUGCGCGAUCCGCACAAUCUGGACUCGACGACGUCUCCGCGAGGGCCAAGUCCGGUCUAGACGAAGCCUCGAGAAAGACCGAAAAGGCUGCCGACAACGUCCAAACUAGAUCGUAAGCAGAAGCUUAGUUACAUCACACUCUCUGUCACGGGACGUGACAGAGAUUUCACGUCCCGUGACAUAGGUCGUGUUUUCACGGCAGGCGCAUAAUUUGUACUAUAUUAUCGUUUUUACUCUGCCAUUCCUGAUACAUGGAUCGUCAGACAGACAAUUAAUAACGUUUAAUAAAUCUGA